CUUACUCACUGUACAGUAGGUGCCGGUGUGUUAAUGUGUCUGCUAAGCGAAACGGCAGAAGCGAUUAUAGGAGUCGACGAAUGCCAAGCGACUCCAGUCAUCCACUUUCUGCAGUAUCCAGGGUGUAUUCCCAAGCCGAUCCCUAGCUAUGCGUGCAGAGGACGUUGUGGAAGUUAUCUACAGGUGUCCGGAUCAAAACUUUGGCAAAUGGAGAGGAGCUGCAUGUGCUGUCAGGAGAGCGGAGAACGUGAAGCGGCUGUAUCGUUGUUUUGUCCGCGGGCCAAGCCGGGGGAAAAAAAAUUCCGCAAGGUGAUUACCAAGGCGCCCCUCGAGUGCAUGUGCAGACCGUGCAGCAGCGUCGACGAAUAUGCGAUCAUCCCCCAGGAAAUAGCAGGAUUCGCUGACGAGGGCCCGUUUACCACGUCUGCACACUUCAGAAGAUCUUCCGACUUGCAGUGAUCGGUCCUCAUCUCCGAAAAUCUACUUUGAAAUAGAACAAAUAACACGUCGGAACGUUGAAAGUGAUGAGGUACAUUUCGUCGUGCAUUACAAAACAUAAAAGUAGAAAUACACAUAUAUACAUAUAUAUAUAUAAUGAAGAAUUGUCUUUCAUGUUGUAUACCGUCUUGUUGUCUUCAAAUAAAAAUGAGAACGACGAAUGAUGAAUCAUAACUAAGCUUACUAAGAUCUUGGUGGUUGUACAACAGAGGCCUUGUUAGUUUGUUAUAAAUAAUUUCAAUUAUAUUACAUACAUAUAAAAUAACUACAUUGCAAUUAAUAUACAAUAUAGGAUAUUACGCGUUUAUGCUUCUGUUUUCCUUUUUAAAAAUGAGUAAAUACGUUACAGUUCGAUUAUAAUUAUUGCAGCUUAUCGUUAUAUCGUAAAUCAUCGUUA